AUGAGCCUCAAGUUAUUUACAGAGAAGGCCAACUACCAGGCGUUAAAGGCGCUGCUUUGUUGCUAUCACAUGAAGAGACCAGUGGAGGUCACUCUCUCCGGUACAUACACAACACCUGUACUUCAUCACCCAUCGUUCAAAAAACCCCUCUUCUCUGCAAAUGAGAUGGCACGGGUAAUAUUACAUUAUUCCCCAAAGGAAACCACUAACAACAACAAUAAUAAUAAUGAGAGUAAGGCAGCUGAUGCUUUGGGUAGUAUGAAAAGCCUAUCGUUAGAGGAGGAGGCUUGGAUGGAGUGGGAGGCAACCACCUUUACUAUGGCAGUACAGGCACUCUAUACACAGAGACGCAUUACACCUGAUGCCAUGUCCGCCUUUGAGUAUUUGGAUAGCAAAGUUGCUGAGAAUAAUGGUAAGAGUCUCUGUGUUGAGAUUGCAGAGAGUAACGAGAAGGGAGAGAAUGAAAAGAGUUCUGCUACCCCUACACCAUCCUUUCUUGUGGAUUGUAUUAUGUGGUGUGCCGUAUUACCAGCACUUUGUGAAGGUGGAUUAUUGGGAGAACAAGAAUCUGCAAAGAUACCACACCUUGUAAAAUGGUUUAACGCAUUUUAUAAAACAAGAGAAGAACUCAUUUCUGCUGCAUUUGAAACACUUUCAGUUCAAGAAAUGGCUGACUUUUUACGAGCACCUCGGACAUAUACAGUUUCACCUUUAGUGAAUAAAGUAUUCUAUGUUACUACCCCUAUUUAUUAUGUGAAUGCAUCUCCUCAUAUUGGGCAUGUAUACAGUACUUUAAUUGCUGAUGUUAUUGCCCGUUACCAUAAAGUAAAAGGUGAACGUGUGUUUGCUGUAACUGGAACGGAUGAACAUGGACAAAAAAUUGCAGAAGCUGCCCGACUGAAACAAGUAACACCUUAUGAAUUUACUACACUUGUUUCCAAAGAAUUUCAAGAUUGUUUUAAACAAAUGGGAUAUGAUAUGGAUUAUUUUAUUCGUACGACUAAUAAGAGUCAUAUGAAAGUUGUACAGGAGUUAUGGACAAAAUUGGAGUCAAAGGGUGAUAUUUACCUUGGACGCUAUGAAGGAUGGUACUCUGUAAGUGAUGAAUCUUUCCUUACCGCCCAAAACGUAACAGAUGGGGUUGAUAAGGAUGGAAAUCCAUGCAAGGUAAGUCUUGAGAGUGGUCAUGUUGUUACUUGGGUAUCGGAAGAAAAUUAUAUGUUUCGUUUAAGCGCUUUUCGUGAACGGCUUCUGGAGUGGUAUAAUAAUAAUCCUAAUUGUAUUGUGCCGGAAUUUCGUCGACGUGAAGUUAUUCGUACAGUAGAGAAUGGUUUACAUGAUUUGAGUGUCUCUCGUACAAAAGAAACCGUACAGAAUUGGGCCAUUCCUGUUCCUGGAAAUCCAGAUCACUGUAUUUAUGUUUGGUUGGAUGCCCUUUCGAACUAUUACACCGCUUCACGAGUUCGUCUUAAUGAAUCUGGAGAGGAAAUUGAUUUGGUAGAUGAUUAUACUACAUUAAAUCGAUUCCCUGCUAAUGUUCAUGUGAUUGGAAAAGAUAUUUUGAAGUUCCAUGCUAUUUACUGGCCAGCCUUUUUAAUGUCAGCAGGUCUUCCAUUACCAGAAAAAAUUGUUGCCCACGGAUGGUGGACAAAGGAUCGCCGAAAGAUCAGUAAAUCUCUUGGAAACGUUUUUGAUCCAGUGGAAAAGGCACGUGAAUUCGGAUUUGAUGCUCUUAAAUAUUUCCUUAUGCGGGAAUCUGGCUUCUCUGAUGAUGGUGAUUACAGCGAUAAGAAUAUGAUUGCGCGUCUUAAUGGAGAGUUGGCAGAUACACUUGGAAAUCUGGUGAUGCGAUGCACUUCUGCUAAGAUUAACAUUAAUCGUGAGUGGCCAACACCGGGUACAUACAAUGAGAUAGAUGAGACUAUUGUACAACUUAUUAAGAAUAUGCCUGGAACAGUGGAUCACUACUUCCUUAUUCCAGACGUACAAAAAGCAUUAUCCGCUGUUUUUGAUGUCCUCCGUGCGAUCAAUGGCUACGUUACAGAAAAUGCACCUUGGAAGCUUGUGAAGACAGAUCCUGAGAGAUUACGUACGGUUUUAUAUAUCACCAUGGAAGGUUUACGGCUGGCUACACUUAUGUUAAGCCCUGUUCUCUCACAGAAGGCACCAGUUAUAUUUGAUAUGCUUGGUGUGCCAGAGGCGAAUCGUUCAGGUUUAGCUAACUUUGAGUUUGGUGUUAUUCCGCCAGGAACACCAAUUGGAAAUGGGACUGAAGGUGAUGUGCUCUUCACAAAGCGUUCACUGGAAGAUGCAAAGACGUCAUAA